CACUGCAAUGGGAAAGGCUAGAGCUUGAACUAUUUGCCUCGAUCGAAUUCAGCGAUCCACUCUGUUUCUUCUUCUUCUCCUCUCGUCGAAUUGAUCACAGACCCUCCAGAGGAAAAUGAGUUAUAUGGAUUCAAAAUGUCCCAGCAUGGCCUAGUUGGGUCUGAAUCUGAUUCACAGAGAACCCUAUACCCAUAUGUGACCGUGACAUCAGUGGUGGCUUUGAAGUACAAAGAUGGGAUUCUGAUGGCUGCUGAUAUGGGAGUAUGUAAUUGGAGGAGUAGAAAUUUGGAUCUUUUAUGAUGGUUGUUCAUUUCAAAGAUGGAAUCUUAACUUUACAUCCUAGUUGGUCUCUUCAGUUCGAUUGUAAUGUUUUUGAGAUUAUCACUUUUUUCUUUCAAUAUUCAAUCAUUUGUUGAGUGCCAUCUAAAUCUUGUUACUGUUUGUUUUGACCUUGCUGAUUAUAAGCUCUGUGGAUUUAGCAUCCCAAGUUGUGUGAAAAUGCCACCGUAGUUCAAGUUGUGUGAAUAAGCUUGCUAAUAAUUGCUAGUUUUUAUUCCUUAAUCAGUUUUUACUAGGAGAUAUAAUGUCAAAGAACAAUGAUUGAGGUGAUGCUUAAUUGUCAUUAUGUCCCUAAAUAACCAGUCUAGGUUUUAUAUUGGAAGAUAGAAUGUGCUUAUGUUGUAUGUCUCUAAUGUGUUCAUCAAGCAAAGAAGUUGAGACUAGCAGGUUGAGAAAAACAAUCUUUUCUUUAUCGACUCAGCCAGCUGCAACCUCAACUCGAGCUCCAACAGUUGGCACUUGCGUGGUUCAAGCUGUGAGGCCACCUACUGAGCUCAUCAGGAAAAGAGUUGAGGAUGAGUCUGCAGCUCAGAAGAGGCGCAGGUUGGAGGAGCAGCAACAGCAGGAGGCUCCUCAGUUUGUACCUCGUCCUCCCCCGGUGGUUGUUGAUCUUGCUGUUAGGGAGGUUGGUGUUGUUAACACAUGCGAGGGGAAAAAGCUCCACAACUGGAGUCCGGUAUCCAGAGGGUUAUAGCUUCGCAACCUCUUCCAGCAGAACAGCUGCAAGGCAUUUCAUUGAAGCCACAUUUCCCGAAAUGGAUCUAAUUCGGGCAAGGGACGAGGUAGAUCUCCAUGGAGGAGAUGGGGUAGUUCGCCACAUCCUUGAGGGAGUCAAUCUUGUUAAUGCUUUGGCAAACAACCACCUGGACUCCCUAAAGGAAAGAAAUAAAUUAGUGAAAGAGAAGGAGGAGCUCAGCAAGCAGAAGGAGGAUGCUAACAAAAAUGUGGAGAGCUUAACCUCGGAGUUGGAUAAGCUCCGAGAUGAAGUGGCCAUGCUGAAGAAGGCUCUGCCAAGCUCGCAGAUCAAAAGAGAAAAGCUUGUGAAGAAAAUCUUUCCAAGAGGGACAGGCAAAUUGCCAAGAUGAGGAAGAAAGUUGAAGAACUGCAACGAGAUGUUGAGUUGCGGAUCCAUAAUUCCAUGGAGAUUCACAUUUCCGAGUUUGUCAAGUCUAGCAUGUUUUCCAAUAUAGUGGACCUCUAUCGCCUUCCUACUAUGGUGUUGGCCUUUAGCAAUUGUAGAAAAAAGGUGAAGGCACAGUAUCCCAAGGUGGAUGUUACCAACAUCACAUUCGGACCUCAGGAGGUGAGGGUGGAGGAAAAUGGCGAGAGCUUGCUUGCUGAUUUCCGGCCUGAGGUGACACUCAAAUGGGAUCGAGAUGAGAAUGGCCGCACCAUUUUCCCACCAAGCUUCGACUGCAAGUUCAUCCCUAUUGACGAGGGUGAAGUUUAGGUUGUUUGGGGUCUCAAAGUGGGAAGCAACGUGCAAAAUAACAAGUGGAUUAACAGCAUCAGCUUAUUGAAUAAGUUCAUCUUAGUUAG